UUUUGAAGGGAUUUGUGAAUUUGGGUGUUUGUUGUUUUUGUUUGAUCUAAUGUUACUUGCUCAGUAACAGAUGUUCUUUGUUUGCUGUGAAGUUUGGUAGUGUUUGAUAUAAAGUUAGAAACUUUUGUUACUGUUUUGAUUUAAUGUUAGCUGAUGUCCUGUAUUUGCCCUGUUCUUCAAGGUAUAAAUGUGAAAUAUUGUUGAUAUUUUGGAUGAUUCUUGUUAGGGUUUGGUGUAAAGUUAGUAAUUUCUUGUUGAUGCAUGACCAAUUGGUAGUAUUAGUGUUUGUUGUUAGUAGAGUUCAUGGCAGUUCAUAGCACUAUUUUGUUUUUUGAAUAAGAGAGUGUAGUACAUGCACCAUUGGAUAUUAGUCGAGGUGUGUUUGAUAAACAUUUGGUGGUAGUUUAGGUAGGAAACUCGCAUAUCUAAUAGUUUAGGUGUGGAACUCGAAAAGCUGGUAUACUUUAGGUGUGUUUUGACACUUCACUGUUCAACAAAAAAGUCUUUUUCUUUGGAGUGAUGGAACUAGAGAAAGCAUAGAGGAAUUUGGAAAAGUAAAUGUUAGCUUGAAUGUGAUAGUUUUUGGAAGUAGGAGAUAUCGGUGGUAAGAUAUGUUUGCUUGUACUUGGAAAUAUAUGGUGUUCUUUUUUUCGCAGUUUAAACAAAAACAAGCUUUGUAUACUUUUUGUUAGAAUGUUUUUAUGUUUAGAAAGAUGGGGUAAUAUAUCUUGUGAUUUGUUUUUUUGUUUCUUUCGAGGGAAAGACUUGUGAACGAGUUCAAAAUUGUGUAUUAGAAGUGAAAAUGCAUUUGAAGCAUGCGUCGCGGACUAAUGCUGCCUCCACGCCAACAACCACGGCCUGGUGGACUUCAGACGUCUUUAUCCUUGGUCGUCUCUCCUGAUGCAUGUGGAUCUCCUAAUCCUCAAGAACGUGGCUCAACCUCUGAUCAGGCUCGUGACUCACCAUCUGAAAGUGCUAGCUCACGCGAAACAUGGCCAACAUCUGAUGCUUUGAUGGCAAAAAAGCUGGAGAAGGAGAAAGAGAAUGGCUAUGCUGAGCACUCUGUUGUCCGCAAUAUGCCAAACUCAGACAAAAUUUCCCUUCGAGACAUUGCCCGAGAAAGAGUUGACGUUAUAGCUGACAGGAUGCGAAAUCUCCCAGAUGAGUAUCUAGAGAAGUUCAAAUAUGAACUUCGGGUCAUUCUUGAAGGGUCAGGUGGUGCUCAGCACAGAAAUGAGUUUCAAUUCCUCCAAAGGCUAGUGAAUUGUAGGGGUGAGUUGACGGAAGGAAUCCUGUGUUUAACACACCGUACCCAGCUAGAAAUUCUGGUUGCCAUCAAGACGGGAAUUCAGGCGUUCUUGCAUCCCAGUGUCAGUCUCUCUCAAGCUUCUCUCAUUGACAUUUUCUUGUAUAAGAGGUGCAGAAACAUAGCAUGUGGUAGUGUGCUACCAGCAGAGGAGUGUAGCUGCGAAAUUUGCUCGAAGAAAAAUGGUUUCUGCAACCUUUGCAUGUGUGCUAUUUGUAACAAGUUUGAUUUUGAGGUCAACACUUGCAGAUGGAUUGGUUGUGAUCUCUGUUCUCAUUGGACACAUACAGAUUGUGCCAUUAGCAAUGGGCAGAUUGGAACGGGCCCUUCUGUUAAGGUUGGAGUUAGCUCAGCCGAGACGCUCUUCAGAUGCCAUGCUUGCAGUAGGACAUCUGAGUUAUUAGGUUGGGUUAAAGAUGUGUUCCAGCACUGUGCUCCAACUUGGGAUGCUGAAGCUUUUGUUAGAGAGCUCGAUUUCGUCAGGAGAAUUUUCCAGAGAAGCGAGGAUGCCAGAGGCCGUAAGUUAUAUUGGAAAUGCGAGGAACUCGUUGAAAAGCUGAAAGGUGGUGUUGCAGACCCAAUGGCUUGUAAAGUGAUCUUAUCCUUUUUCCAAGAUCUUGAUGAUCCUUCAAAGAAUCAAGGCAAUGACGAAGGUGCUCGGCCCAUAGCUCCUCUAGAAGCAUUCGGCAAGAUUGCAGAUGUAGUGCAGGAAGCCAUCAGAAAAAUGGAAGCUGUAGCGGAGGAAAAGAUGCGUUUGGUUAAGAAAGCACGACUAUCUCUCGAAGCAUGUGAUCAGGAGCUCAAGGAUAAAGCUCGGGAAGUGAGCAUGCUGAAAAUGGAGAGACAGAAGAAGAAGCAACAAAUCGAUGAUAUUGAAAGCAUCGUAAGGCUCAAACAGGCUGAAGCUGAAAUGUUUGACAAAAAAGCGGCUGAAGCUAGACGAGAAGCUGAAAGACUGCAACAAAUUACACUCGCUAAGACAAACAAGUCGGAAGAGGACUACACUAACAGGUAUCUGAAACAGCGAUUAUGCGAGGCUGAGGCAGAGAAGCAGUACUUAAUCGAGAAGAUGAAGCUUCAGGAAAGUUCACGAGCAUCGCAGAGCAGCGCCGGAGGCACUGACCCUUCCCAGAUUAUGUACAGCAAAAUCCAAGACUUGAUCAAGAAUAUGUAGAGUUGUUGCUUUCAAAGGAUAUGAACUCUCAUUUUCUCUGAAAAAUUUACUAGGCUUUCUGGAUUUAUAAAUUGGUUUUAAACUUUUGGUCUUGAUAAUUUUUCUUUUUAAUCUGUGCCUUACCUUUUUCUUUUUAAUGAUAAUAGCUCUUAAGAAAGGGCAGUCUGG